AUGCGUGGCAUGGGGAAAACCGGUACAAUGCAUGCCUGGGAGCAAGAAGGUAUCUCUGGACCCGACAUCAAGAUGAUAGGUAAAACUCUGAGCGGAGGCUUCAUUCCAUUACCAGGUGUAUCACUGCGCAGCAAGAUCUUUGACGCUAUCGCUGAAGGGUCAGGAGGGCUAGCUCAUGGUCACACAUUCCAGGCUUACCCAGUGGCUUGCGCCGCGGCUCUUGAGGUUCAAAGGAUCAUAAGAGAUGAGCAUAUACUAACAAGUGUCCAGAAAAUGGGCGCAGUGCUGGAGCGUUUGCUGAAGGAUCAUAUUGGACCGCUGGACACUGUCGGGGACAUUCGUGGACGAGGUCUAUUCUGGGCUUUCGAGUUCGUCCAGGAUCGUCAGAGUAAGACGCACUUUCCAGCCAGCAUGAGACUCUGUCACAGAAUCGUGGACAAGUCGCUAGAUCUGGGAUUGAACAUAUUGGGGAACCUGGGUCAAAUAGGAGAUGUGCAUGUUGACCAUGUCAUAAUGUCUCCGCCUUAUGUGGUGACUGAGUCAGAAUUGGAGAGGAUGGUUGGUAUUCUCCAGACAGCAAUCCAGGCUGUUGUCUCCAAGGUAGUGAGUGUUCAAAAGAAAAAUACAGAUGUAACCGAAGCAAAAGUGGUAUUGGAGUGA